ACUUUUUUUUUUCUCAUGCGAAUAUUGAAGUCGUCGGGUGUCUGUUCGUUAUAUGGUAAUAUAUAUGGGGGCAUGUUUUCAUAAUGAAUCGUUUACUUGGCGCAAUAGCACAAGGCGAAUUUAGUGGUAUCUUAACACACCAAUCUCGCCGCCAACUGAUUCAUCUUCAUGGCCCAGACUCUGCAAAACUACUUCACUCUUUGACGACGAAGAAUGUGUCAGCAAUUCAGUCUGUUUCUCCCGAUGCGUUUGGCAGUGACUGCUUUUUUACAGCUUUUUUGAAUGACAAAGGUCGUAUACUUUGCGAUGCCUUGAUGUACCAUCGUCCUUCGCAAAGAUCAUUUUGGAUAGAAGCGGACAAGGACUGCUUGCAAAUAUUGCAGGAGCAUUUAGAAAAGUAUAAAAUGCGGAAUCAAGUACAUCUAGACCAAGUCGAACAAAACAAAAUUUAUCGCAUUUAUUCACUUGUCGCUACGUCCGAGGAACAUCAGAAAAGCAUAGUCUUAUGGCUUUUGAAUACAAAAACUCAAUUCGAUGUCAAUUUUUACCAGGAUCCGAGAUGGCCGCUUGCGCUUCGAUUGAUUGUACCAUUCGACAAAAACCCACUUGACGGUCUCCCAAAACACAUUAUGGUGCUGGACGACUCAAGUACCAACAUUUAUACGUGGCUUCGAUUUUUAAACGGAAUUCCGGAAUACCCGGAACUUAUCUCUGGUCGGUCUAUUCCGCUUGAAUUCAAUUUAGAAUAUUUGAACGGAAUUGACUUCGACAAAGGAUGCUAUUUGGGUCAAGAACUGAUAGCCCGAACACGUUAUACCGGUCUUAUCAGAAAGCGACUGUUUCCUGUUAUUUCAUGCAGUUAUUCUUUUGAUUCAAGUGAAAAUUUGUCAUCUUUUCAUCGACUGCCGCCUUCCGUUUUGAAUCCUCUUCAAAUUGGUCCAGAUAGCCUGAUACCGCUGGAUCUGUUCGAGAAAAGUUCAGAAGGCUCUGCUUGCACAGUUUCUCAGCUGAGACAGUUUUAUAGCAUUUCGAAUAAGCUAACAGACGGUGCGAAUUUGCGUCCUCUGACAUUUCCAAUUGAAGAAGAUCCACCUGCAGGCGAGGUAAAGGGCAGAGUCAGAUGUUCGGCCGUCACCAAGCAUAUAUGGAACGUCGGGUUGGCCAUGGUCCAAAUCGAACAUUUAGAAACAGCCAAGUCAAGUGGAUGUUGCUUUAUUGACACCACCGCAAAAAAACUCGUCAAAAUCGUUUUUCCGAAUUGGUAUCAGCAAUACCAAUCUGACGACGAAUCAAAAUAAAACCAACAAAAAAAAAGCCAAUGGCGCCCCCACAAGAUGCGCAGUUCUUCGAGUGCAAUGUUAGGUAAUAAAAUAGGAUCUCAAGCAGUAACCUCUCAGUUCGUGUACAGACGGAAACACUGCAGUAAUGGAUACGUGCAGCAAAACAAAGCUAGGGUUAUUCGCCGUCGAAUACCGAAGGGCCUUCCGACAUUUUUUUUCGAACGUUACCGGC